CACAUUGGCUGUCUGUUUUACUCAAGGUCUGCUGUAAGGAACCAUCCAUCUCUACAUUAAGUCCUCCCCUGGCAUCCUUUGGAGGACUGGCUAUUUAGUGUGAACGAGGAAAACUAUUGUAAAUCUGUUAAAAGAAGAACACACAUUCAGCUUUGAAACAUGACACUUAAAACCAGGACGAGGAACUACACUUCUAAUUUACUAAUCAAGUUUAUUUUGGGAAACAGCAUAAUUGCGCACUUUUGAUUCCUCAUCAGCAGCACAAAGUUUCCUUUUCUUCUCUGAACAGCUGUUAAAUUGUACGGACAGGACUCCUAAGUGAAAGAAAGACGUAGCCACAGCCUUUUUCGACAGGGAGGAGGAUUACAGAAAAAGUCUGUGAGGCACAGUUUAUCACACAUUGUCCAACCUCCGGGCGGACUCCAGUCUCUGCUGCGCGCUCUGCACUUUAGAAAAUGGAAAAUAAAAUAAACGGAAGGAUGAGCACCACCAAUACUUCCAUCGCCGAUUCCACCGAUACAAGAGUAAGUGACUUGAUUGGAGCUGAUUUCAUUAAUACGAAAUUACAGAACGAGUCACAGUCUCUAACUUGCCUGUCCUCCACCGUGCGUAAUUUUGGAAACGCCGGCGCACCAUUCCACGGUCUGAAUUCAAGCGGCGAAGGUGCCGUUUUCAAAGACUGUGCCACACUCGAUGGUUCACUUGCUGGGAAACAUUUUUAUGAUCGUAGCAGUGAAUAUCUGAAGUGUGACGGUGUACCAUGGGAAGAUUUUUCAAAACUUCAGAGGACGAAUGUGGCCGAAAGUUCGCCAAAUGUCAGCCUCUCCUCAACAACCGGGGCGUGUAAGUUCAUCAAGGAUGAAAAGGAGCCUUCUGUGAUCAUGGACACCCGCUGUCCCAACUUUGUUCCAUCAUCAGAGAUACCUGCGCUCGACACCUGCUGUGACACCGACAGGAAGCAGCAACGUGGGCUCAGCGACGUGGAGUCGAGCAGCUUUACCCCUGCUGCGACGUGUCCCCGACCGGGACUGGAGGGAUCUCCAAACUUUCUGAUCGACCUGAACCAGUCAGAGCAGCUGCCGGCGCUCAACCAGGUGAGGACUGACUCCAGGUACGCUUUGUCCGGGAAGGCUGUCAUCAACUUUGAUACCAACUUGCACGCAGCCCAGCAGGUGAUGAUGUACAAGAGCGAACUUCCCCGUUGGCAGGUGCAGACCUCUCCAGCUGAGCCCCAAUACUGGUCCCAGUGCGCAGGGGUGACCGAGGACCCGUUCACACACAGCAGCUACGAUGGGAUCCAGAGCCAGACCCUGAUUCAGAGGAACUCAUCACCUUUCUCCGCAUUCCCAGGUAUGCCACCGCAGAGACAGUGUGUGAUCUGUGGCGAUGAGGCAUCUGGUUGCCACUAUGGAGUCCUAACCUGUGGGAGCUGUAAAGUCUUUUUUAAAAGAGCCGUUGAAGGCCAUCAUAGCUAUCUCUGCGCUGGGCGAAAUGACUGCAUUGUGGACAAAAUUCGGAGGAAAAAUUGCCCCGCAUGUCGCCUCCGAAAGUGCUAUCAAGCUGGGAUGAUGCUUGGAGGCAGGAAGCUGAAGCGUUUUGGAGCCUUGAAAGCCUUGGGUUUGGCCCCGUCCCUGAUGUUCCAGUCCCACUUGGCCAUGUCCAGCGACAAUCAGGCCUUGACGACCAUGUCUUGCAUACCAGGCAUCCGCGAGGUGCACCUCUCCCAUACGAUCCUCAAUAUCCUGGAAAACAUUGAACCCGAGACCGUGCACUCUGAUUAUGACGCUUCCCAGGCUGAUGCCCCACAUAUUCUGCUCAGCAGCCUCAACAGGCUGUGUGAGAAACAGCUGCUGUGGAUCGUCAAGUGGUCCAAGUCUCUGCCAGGGUUUCGUAACCUUCACAUCAAUGAUCAGAUGACCCUGAUCCAGUACUCAUGGAUGAACCUGAUGGUGUUCUCUCUGGGGUGGCGCUCCUUCCAGAAUGUCACCAGUGAAUAUUUAUACUUUGCGCCUGAUCUGGUUCUCAGUCAGGAUCAAAUGAGGAGAUCUCCCAUUUACGACCUCUGCCUGGCAAUACAAUUCAUCCCUCAGGAGUUUGCCAAUCUCCAAGUUACCCGCGAGGAGUUUCUCUGCAUGAAAGCCAUAAUAUUACUCAACACAGUGCCUCUCGAGGGACUCAAAAGUCAGGCCGCAUUUGAAGAAAUGAGACAAAGCUACAUCCGGGAGCUGACCAAGGCUAUCCACAUGAAGGAGAAGGGCUUGGUGGCCAGCUCACAGCGAUUCUACCACCUCACCAAACUGAUGGACGCCAUGCACGAUAUAGUGAAAAAGGUCAACCUGUUCUGUCUGAGCACCUUCAUCCAGGCAGACGCCAUGAAAGUGGAGUUUCCAGAGAUGAUGUCAGAGGUCAUUGCCUCCCAGCUUCCCAAGGUCCUGGCAGGCAUGGUGAGGCCCCUCAUAUUCCACGCCAAGUGAUGAUUUCAGCACGGACAUCACAAAUCUGCAGAGACAUCUUGUGACUGGAUCAUUCAGCCCACAAUUACUGCAUUCUUUAUAGCCUUCACGAUUAUAGUCAGUCAUCUUUACUUUCAAAUUGCCUCAAAUGCUGUUAAGCCCUUGUACUUUAUGAGGUGAAACAGAAGAACAUGUUCCCUAAAAAUGCAUUUUUUAGUACAAAACUAUCUUGAGUCUCAUAAAGUCAGAGGCAUCAAUCAAUAAAGCUCCGCCGUAUAGUUCUGUUGAUUGAUGAUACUUGCUCGCUGAUACACAGAGGGUUUUGACAACCAUUAGAGAUACUGAUAUUUUUGUACUGACGCUGCAUAAAAGAAGACAGUACUGACAAAAUGUUAAAAUAUUCAGCGUUCUCGCCAACAUUUUAUUUGUAAUGAAAGUGAAAUGCAGGAGACACUGAAACCUGCUGCUUAAACUAAUGACAUUGUUUAGGGAUGGUAGCAGCGUGACUCACUGUACCUUCUUCAAGGGAGGAGAAACUGGGAAGAUAACUAUCUGUAAAGUAUUUAAUAAUAAUAACAAAUUUUGCAACAAAUAGCAAAUUAUUGCCAUCUUAAGAUAAUUAGAAAUGAGUCAGUUAGAACACAGAAUUCUGCCAAGACGCCAUGCCCCCACUGAGUUAUUUUCAUAAUAGAAUGUACUGAAAGAUUUUAAUCUACAGCUGAAUGGGCAUCAAAAUACACCCAGUUACAGACAUUAAUGUGAAGCAUGUGACAGAUUCGAUGAGAGUGUAGUUCAUUAACAUAGACAAAGUUUUUAAAAGUGCCAAAUUUUACAAAUAAACCAUUUAAAGGAGCAGUGUGUAGGAUUUAGUGGCAUCUAGUGGUGAGGACUGCAGAUAGCAACCAGCUGAAACUUCUCCCAUGUGUCAAGUGUGAAUUCCUGGUUUGAAUUUGUCCAUUUGUCCAUUCUGGGCUAUUGUCAAAGGUGCAAUAUGGAUGAAGCUAUUUCAUUUCUGCAAAUAUAUCUCCCUAAAGCGGGAUUUAUACUUGUGCGUCAGCUCUGUGUAGAGAGCUAUAAUCUACGCACGUGGCCUACGCCAUUACGCCUCGAAAACACUAGUCAGUGUGGCAUUUCUGUGAAAUGUGGACUUUAGUUGACAGACCCAAAAUACAAAUUAAACAUGGCUUAAAAGUGACAAGUACGCAAAUUAGCUUCACUAUAACUCGCAGCAUUCACAGACAAAGUAUUUGUCUUUUGCUGGACACAUUUUCUACACAAAAACAACAUGCUAAUGUUUUUAGCACAAGCCUAUGGCAUUUUACAUUGUAUAAAUUAGCCUAGUGGCUAGUGGACUUUUCCUCUACUCAAAUGAAGACAGGGACAGCAGCAACAUUUAACUAAGGUAAUGUUACAAAAUUUGGUUUCAUUACAACACACAAGGUUCACCAUCAAAACAGCUGUCUUAUACUAAGCAUGUUUUCCAAACAAAUAUGACAUGCUAACUUUAUUAGCACAAGCCUAUGGCAUUUUACAUUGUAUAAAUUAGCCUAGUGAAUAGCAGAGAUUUCCUCUACUCAAAUGAAACCAGGAUAAAUCACACACAAGACUUAAAAUGCUAAUUUUUCUUCACAAUUUAUUAUUUUUUAUCUUUAAAACAUAAUGGGAAAUGGUUUAAGCUUACGAAAAUAAACAGGAGGUCUGUGUCACCGUGACGUAUAGUAACAUUCCUGGGGAGGUGCACGUCAGGCUAUAUGCUGGACCUUUAAAAACGUCUGCAUCAGUAUGUCAGUAAACCCUGAUCUUUUUCUUCUUUGCACAUGGUAUUACUGUAACUUUAAUGCAACUGAUAUCAGUUAAUAUGUUUUUGACUCGUACACUUACCAAACAAACAAAAACACUUUGACCAAAAAUAACUUUUCUGGUAUACAUAGUAAAAAAUACUGUCCAAUUAAAACAAAUUGUCAUGUAGCUAUGGAUAGGAAGAAACCGACAUCAUACUAGAAGCUUUUUUCAGUGAAAAACACAACUGUCUAAAAGUAGGGACACAAAGACAACUGUAUUUUUCCCUCCAACACUUAAUGCACUGACAAUACAUUCUCAAUAUUCAGUCUGUUUUGCGUGUCCAAUCAAGUUUAUGGCUGCAGUGAUCUUAAGUUAUACUCAUCAACAGUGACAAAAGAGUUGGACCACAGGUCUAAUAAAUCACGCUGUUUAUUUAAAGACAUAUUUACGCACCAUCAAGACACAGUAGAUGAUUGCAAGGAAACAAGCUUGCCAUAUAAAAAAAGGAUGCCAAAUGUUACAUAUUUAGGAUAUGAAUAUCAUUUCCUCUGCUAAGUCAGACGGUAAGGGAGUGUUAGUCCAGCAUCAGUGUCCAAGGCCACCUCGCAUUCUAAGAGAUGUAAAUGGAAAAGAACGCCCUGAUCUUGGCAAGUAUACAAGAUCUCAAAUACCUUUUAAAAUACAUUUUCGGUCACAAGAGAAAGUCUGUUCAGUCUGUAAUAUCUGAGGAGCUAAAGUGUUGUUGAUUAUUUUCUUUCUUUGAUCUUUUUCUGAAAUAUUAGUUAAGUUAACCUUUUAAAUAAUAAUGGACUUUGUACUUUGGAAAUGUUGUGACAGUACUAGAAAAUUAAAUAUUAAAUGGUAUCUUUAACAUAAUAUAAUCUGAUACAUGUCUUGUUGUUAUUACCGGUACACCAGUGUACCAGAGAGUACAGUUCCAACAGAGGCAUGAAAGGUGAAAGCUCCACCUCAUGAACAUUUCAUGACAUUAUAAAAACACAUUUUUACAUACUGCAUAUAUUUGGUGUGAUAAUUUAUAGUAAUACACAGUUACAUGAAGUAAAUAUUUUUGAUUAGCGACGACAGAAGAACUCACGAGCAUUAAUGUACAGUACAGUACCGUGUAGCUAACCAGAAAGUGCGCUGCAGCAGUGAGCAGGUUCAGUGGAUGAACAAUGAUCACAGGCCAUAAACAUGAAAGAUAAGGUGCAAAACCAUUAUGCGUUUUCUUUUAAAUUCUAAUAGAUUAGUAUCGUUAUUUUAAAUCACAGUUUGUUCUAUUACAGCUAGCAGAAAAUGUUUAUGAAACUACAGGUUUCCUUUAAUGAAAGGAAAGUGUUGAUUGAAUGGGAAGUUUAAAAAAAGAUAUAUUUCUGAGAAUAAAACUUGUGAAACUGGA